AUGUUUCCCUCCUUCUUCCGUCUUGUAGCAUCCUCCAAACGUUACAUAUUCCGAUCAAGCCGGCGCCUUUGCAGUGAUUUAACGCAAGAACAAAGCCGUAUGUCUAAAAUUAUGGAAGAUUUACACAGUAAUUACGUCCCACUUAUCGCCAGUAUUGAUGUAGGGACCACCUCAUCCAGGUGCAUUCUAUUCAACAGAUGGGGCCAAGAUGUUUCGAAACACCAGAUCGAAUAUUCAACUUCAGCUUCAAAGGGCAAAAUUGGAGUAUCUGGCCUAAGAAGACCCUCUACAGCUCCUGCUCGCGAAACUCCAAAGGCCAGCGACACCAAAACUAACGGCAAGCCCAUCUUUUCUGCAGAAGGCUAUGCCAUCCAAGAAACAAAGUUCCUAAAAAUUGAGGAGUUGGACUUGGACUUUCACAACGAGCCCACGUUGAAGUUUCCAAAGCCGGGCUGGGUUGAGUGCCAUCCGCAAAAAUUACUGGUAAACGUUAUUCAGUGCCUUGCCUCGAGUUUACUGUCGCUGGAAACCAUAAACAGCGAACGAGUAGCUAAUAAACUCCCCCCUUACAAAGUAACGUGCAUGGGCAUAGCAAAUAUGAGAGAAACCACAAUUCUGUGGUCUCGCCGCUCCGGCAAACCAAUUGUUAACUACGGUAUUGUCUGGAACGACACCAGGACGAUCAAAAUUGUCAGAGACAAAUGGCAAAACACCAGCGUUGAUAGACAACUUCAACUGAGACAAAAGACUGGGUUGCCAUUGCUCUCCACGUAUUUCUCCUGCUCCAAACUUCGCUGGUUCCUGGACAAUGAGCCUCUGUGUACCAAGGCGUACGAGGAGAACGAUCUGAUGUUUGGUACGGUGGACACAUGGCUGAUUUACCAAUUGACGAAACAAAAGGCGUUCGUUUCUGAUGUAACCAACGCUUCCAGAACAGGCUUCAUGAACCUUUCGACUUUGAAAUAUGACAGCGAGUUGCUGGAGUUUUGGGGUAUCGAUGGUAACCUAAUUCACAUGCCCGAAAUUGUGUCCUCAUCUCAAUACUACGGUGACUUUGGUAUUCCUGAUUGGAUAAUGGACAAGCUGCACGAUUUGCCAAAAACGGCACUACGAGAUCUAGUCAAGAGCAACCUACCCAUACAAGGCUGUCUGGGCGACCAAAGCGCAUCCAUGGUGGGCCAGCUCGCCUACAAACCUGGUGCUGCAAAAUGUACCUAUGGCACUGGUUGCUUUUUACUGUACAAUACGGGGACCAAAAAAUUGAUCUCCCAACAUGGCGCCUUGACGACUCUAGCAUUUUGGUUCCCGUACUUACAGGAGUAUGGUGGCCAAAAACCAGAAUUGAGCAAGCCUCAUUUUGCCUUAGAGGGUUCUGUCGCUGUAGCUGGUGCUGUGGUCCAAUGGCUACGUGAUAAUUUACGACUAAUCGAUAAGUCAGAGGACGUUGGACCCAUUGCAUCUACGGUGCCCGAUUCUGGUGGUGUAGUUUUCGUCCCUGCAUUUAGUGGCCUAUUCGCUCCAUACUGGGACCCUGAUGCUAGAGCAACCAUAAUGGGCAUGUCUCAAUUCACUACUGCCUCUCACAUCGCCAGAGCUGCCGUGGAGGGUGUUUGCUUUCAAGCCAGGGCCAUCUUGAAAGCAAUGAGUUCUGACGCGUUUGGUGAAGGUUCCAAAGACAGAGACUUUUUAGAGGAAAUUUCCGACGUCACAUAUGAAAAGUCGCCGCUGUCGGUUCUGGCAGUAGAUGGUGGGAUGUCAAGGUCCAAUGAAGUCAUGCAAAUUCAAGCAGACAUAUUAGGACCCUGUGUCAAAGUUAGAAGAUCUCCCACAGCAGAAUGUACCGCUUUGGGAGCAGCCAUUGCGGCCAACAUGGCCUUCAAAGACUCGAAAGUGCGUCCAUUAUGGAAGGACCUGCACGAUGUCAAGAAAUGGGUCUUCUACAACGGAAUAGAGAAAAACGAACAAAUAUCAUCAGAAGCUCAUCCAAACCUUAAGAUAUUUAGAAGCCAAUCCGAUGACUCUGAAAGAAGAAAGCAUUGGAAGUAUUGGGAAGUCGCCGUGGAAAGAUCCAAAGGUUGGCUGAAGGACAUAGAAGGCGAGCACGAACAGGUUCUAGAAAACUUGCAGUAA